CCGAAUCAAGUGAAUCAGUCAGCUUUCGAGGUUUGUGGUGUGCAGUGCGCGCUUGCUAUCUACAAACAGCACUUCAGUUUCCGGGGCCCGGACGCAUAUCGCUCUGGAUCUAACGAGCCAAUCAGAGACACAGUCUGAGCUGCGUUUGUUGCGCAAACAGCUGAACGCAGCACCGUCAAAAGUCGCGCGAGGCGAUUAAUCAUACGGAAAGGGACAUCUCGGGAGUAUCAUCCGUUUUGGUGGACUGCGGAAGGAAAAGGGUGUUCGGUGGGUGUGUGUUUGCGUGUAGAUGUGCGUGUGGGUGGUCAGUCUGCCGCCAGUGCAGUUCAAGACAGAGACUCCCACGCGGUAGUGAUACUACUGUCAACAAGUGACGGCGGGACGGACAGUGAUUAGCUGGAUGAAGAAGUGCCAGGCGAAGAGUCGUGACAGAAGUGUAGUAAAGCCCUCAUCGGUGACCUUUUCGUCGCUUAAAGUACACGUGUUGCGCAGAGCACUCGUCUACCUGAGAUAACGACACGCGUGACUAAGUGAUGCUGCAAUGUGGCGUAUUUACGAGAUGAAGAAUUUAUAAUGACAAUUAUUAGCUGUCGCAACGAAUAUGGAUUAAGCUGUGUUCUUUCGAUGAAGGCAAAGUUCAGAACACUGUGUGCCGUAUUGGAGUAUUAAUGUAUUUGAAAAUAAGGUGGAUGAAGAAGAAAACAAAUAGUGAACAACUGAGCGGCUUAAUAGUAUAGCAGUGUGUAAGUUUGCGCCGGUGUCUAUGCGCAAUAUAAAUCGUGAGUUGAGGGAAGACCAGCAUUCGAGAGCGACGGCGAGGAGGCAGAAUCAACAACAACACAGCCAGGCACUCUGUGACAUUUUGACUUAAGUCACUCGAAAUGUCAAACCAUUUAUAAGUUUAAAUGUUACAUCGACUCUCGGGCUCUUUUCGCUGAAUUGAGUUGUACGCGGCGGCGGUCUACUAACACUACUAAUAGGCGACACGGACGUAACGUGCGAUACCCGGACGAUACGUGUUUGGGGAUGGCACUUGGCCACAGAGUACCUUCGUAAACGUAGAACAACGCGAACGGAACGAAGUGUGUGCGGUUCAACCGGUGGCGGCAGCUGAAAGCUAAUAUCUCGCGCUGGAGAUCCGCUUACGAAUCGGAAAAACGAUCGUCUCUCUGUGUUUGUGUUGGGUAUGUGUGUCACGGUGGUGUGCAUGUUUAUGAGCAGCCCCUUGUGCCGCAUCUGGUGACAUAUCCGGUGAUGGACAGCAGCGCGAUCAUAAUAACAAUACAAUACCCAAUAAGUAUACCAUCGCAUAUAUCAGUGCCGUCUCGCUACUAAAUACCUGGCGACGGCGACGACGACUGACCGACUAACCGACGGACGGUGAUAAAAAAAAGUGUUGAAGUCGAAUUGUUAUCAGCGGAUGCUUGAUCUCUGUGCAGCGUUUUGUCUAGUAGUGAUUUGGGAAAAGUUGGAUUUUAGUGACUGACAAAGUUUGUUGAUGGAUUAACGCGUCGAAUGCAAAUUAUGUUUAUUGUCGCAGAUAUCUUGAAUUAAGAGACAUAAGAACGUGCUUCGAAGUCAUCCGAUUGUGAACCGCAUUCUUCAUCACGACCACGUUCAGUAGAAAAAGCCCAAGAAGAAGAAGCAGUAAAAACCUUCAUCACCUCCGGAUAGUUUUGCUCCCAGCGAAAAGAAUUCAAAUCAAAAGGUUAGAAGCAAACCCUCCGCCAGUGAUAAAAGUGUGUCUUGUUUACCCAAAGCAACUGAUAAGAGAACUUCACCUUUCCGCGGCUCCAAAGUGUCAGUUAGUUGGUGCACUGAAGUAGCGCGCUAUUUCUUCGCGUAUUUGUACACUUGGUGCCUCGUGUGUCGGAAGAAAACUAAUUACCUAUAUCGAAGUCACGUACCUACUAGGGCAGCUACUACUUAUAGCAAUUUGAGUGAACCUUCUUCCGUCCUCGUGACAGUCCCUGGCCCGGUUUUAGCUGUCCAAGAGUCAGUCAAAGGGUACACCAAUCAGAAGAGUGUAUUGUUGAGGGCGAUUUGUUUCGAAAUUUUAUCACUGGAUUAAAAGCUGUCAAGUGAGACGAUUUGCGCGCUACGAUUGGCUUUAUCAGUCCAGUGAGAGAUAGUUUUUUUUUCUGUAGAUUUGUAGAAUGAGCGGUGUGUUGUUCAAGGUAUCCCCGAUGAGAUCAUGAGGGAAGUGGACUCGUCGGAGACAUCCGUAGUAUGGCCAGCUUGGUGUUAUUCAGGAGAAACAGUUAAUGAAGAUUUACCACAGGCAACCCCAGCGAGUUUACUGCUUCAGCACCAACAGCAGCACCAGCAACGAUUCCUACUGCAGCAAUCGUCAUCAAAUCAAUCACAGUCGUCGUCAUCGUCGUCUUCGGCGUCCUCAUCGCCCUCGUCCCAUUUGGUGCCCGGGCAAGGUGCUGGCAAGUUGUCGACCAGCUCCGGUGGCAAAAGAAAAUCAAUCACCUCACCGACCUCACCGGGACCCCACCAAAGCCCAGCGUUGACGGGAGCAAGUUCAGCACUGGCGACGGCAGCAGCAGCAGCGGCGGCGGCCUUUCAAGCGUCGCCCCGAAGAUCCAACCCACCCACGCCAACUUCCGCCGGAUUGCAGUUGGCUCUGGUGGCGGAAAACGGAAACGGCCGUCGGGGGUCACCCUCAUCCAACCCAUCGACUCCGACCCAUGACGACGGGGGUCACUACUCGCCGUUGAACAACAACAACAACAUCAGCAGUAGUAACUUCAACAAUCAGGUCGCCGCGUUACAAUCCUUGGACAAGAUGCUCAGCGAACGGAUGUACGACCGGAAAAAGUUCUUGAACUCGCCAACAGCGGGGUCAGCCGCAGCAGCAGCAGCGGCGGCCGCUGCAGCCAGUUCUUUCUACGAGAAGCUGCGCAAUGGAGCGGCCGAAAUGGAACUCAACCAGCUGAACCUUAUCAAGAACGGUCAAUCUCCGUCGAUGGCCGCCAGUGAUCUUAGUGCAAUUGGUAGCAAUAAUGGUAGUGGUAGUGGUAGUAACGGGGGACUGCUGGUGACGGCCAACGGGACCAGCAGUAGUGGGGGCAUUGGGGGCAACAGUGGUAGUGCAUUGGGGGCCGACGGCAAUAGUGGCAAUAGUUUGAGUAAUAAUAACAACCAAAAUAGUAGUAACGUGAAUAAUGCGAGCAGCAGUAGCAGCAGUGGAAGCAUUGGCAACAAUAGUAAUAACAAUAGUAUUAAGAGCGAGCGGUUCAGUCCGACCAACAACGACGUGCAAUCGACGGCUUCCAGAUCACGAAGUGUGACUCCUUCGUCGUUCUCCGGGACCCCGCCGCAGACAAUGCACGCCACGGAUGUGGCCUACCCGAGCAGUAUUUCGACCAGCGGGUUGCUUCCGUCCCCAAACUCGGCCAUGGGCAGUGGCCGACACGAGUUCCAGGCCCGAAACUAUUCCGACAUCAUGCGCAGUCUGGCGGCCAAGUAUCACAACAACAACAACUCGCCCGGAACCAACAACAGCAACGACCAAUCCAGCAUGAAGAAUCCAUUUCUAGAGCCAAAAAUGCGAAUAAAUCAGCCAAAAUCCUUCACAGAUGGUCCCCUACUAGGCAGUAAGAAAAGCAGUCCAAUUACCUCCACUCAAGUACCUAAUCCAAGUAUUAUGUCGUCAUUAUUUCCGGGUCUACCGUUUCAAUCGUCGGUGUUCCCGCCGCUGAUUGACAUGAGCAGCACCCAGGCUCUAGUUGCACUGGCCCGCGCCGCCAAAGAGUCCGGAAUCCACAAUCUCCUCAAGCCGGAAGACGGCGGUCUCAAGAAACCUUCGGCUGGUUCGCGGAGCUCCUCGCCCCCGCUGGGAGCCACCUCGCUGGCCAGUCACUUCCCGUCACCUUUCCCGACACGGUACCUGCCUGGGAUACUGCCGAACCACCUGUCGGCCAGCUACCCGACGUCCGUUCAACCGACGACGACGACGACGGCCGUCCCCGCGAUCUCACCGCUCAAGUCACCCUCCCGGCCCACCGAGGGCCUCUCGACAUUCCCGCUGGAUCUGAGCAGCGCUGCCGGGGCUCCGUCGGCCGCGAAGCGGAUAAAGCUUUCGCCGACGCCGAGCCGGAACCAGGAAACCUCACCGGCGCCGAGCUCCACCAACAGCCAACCAUCGGACUCGAUGGAGCUGAAGUUGGGGCUGCCGCGGAAGUGUCACGCCCGGAUCGAGGAGAUCAGCGCCUGGACGGUGGAUAAUGUGUGCGAUUUCGUGGGCAGCAUUGACAUCUGUGCGGAGUAUGUCCAGAACUUUCGUGAUCAGAGCAUCGACGGUGCCGGUCUUCCGCUGCUAACCGAGGAGCACCUGACCAACUCGCUGGGCAUGAAAUUGGGACCGGCACUGAAGCUGAAAUCUAUGCUGGCGAAGAAACUGGGUGGCCCAUGUCCGUGUGCCCUCUGUGCAGCUCCCACCCCCACCAGAAGUAGCAGCAGCAAGGGGGACACCACACCGACCAAUCGACCGCCGAGUAACGGUUCCGUUGGAUAGGCGACCAGUUUAGGCUGAUCCACUCUGCUCCAACUUAUACAUAACAGACCCAUCCAGACCAGUGAACGAUUUCCAAUAUCCACGGUGAACCACAACUGUGCAAUCGAAACGUAACCCCCCCUCAUCAAAAUUAAGUGGUAGCGUUUAACACUGCCCACAUAGCAUACGUACUUAGGCAGAGCCGUUCCACAGGACAAUCUGAUCGACGACUAUUCGUGAAAAAGGAAAAUUUAAAUUUCAUUUCGCCGGGACAUGUACAAUAUUACGUUUUAAUCGUCUUCGUUACUUAGCCGUUAAGCGAAUUGUUAUCUCCGACCGGAAGUUCCGGUCGAUUUGCGUAGAUAUAGGGACCCUAGUUUUCUUGUUAUACGCAUGAUUCUCUAUGUUAAUUUCCAAAAAGAAAAAAAAAAUACAAUUCAGUGUGGACCAGCAAUGGGAGCACGAUUUGAGCAACAGUUGAGAGGAUGUUAGUUUAUUCGUACGGCGAGAAAGGCGCAUGAUGCAAUUAUUUAUUUUAAUGCUAGGCAAAUAGGAAAUAUGUCACUCACACACACAUAAGCACCCACACAAGAAAGACUUAAUAUGUAGAAAGAAGGAAUGAAAAAACUUCCACUAAAAGGCUCCAGACAAAUGUUGAUUUCAAUUAGGAAAAAGGUUCCGUUCGUCCUCAAAAAAAAAAACAACAAACUGUAAUUGUUCGAUAGAAAAAAGAAAAGUUUUAUCUUGUCAGAUCUUGACCUUCAGACGUAUAUUUAAUUUUUAAUUCUAGACCAGUUAGAACUAGGGCUCACAUUAUUAUCAGUAUUUAUCAGGAUUGAUUAGUGAAAAAUCACACAGUUAUACUGUAUCUGUAUGUUAGUACUUCCAUGUAAGCAUGAAAGCGAUAAUAAAACGAUCCUGUUGUUCGAAAUAAAA